UUUUUAUUAACAAUUAUACUGCAUAAACAAUUUUUUACGCAAAUUUAAGCAAUCAAUAAUAUUAGAAAUACAAAUGUUUACUGUUUUAGAAAUCAUGGAGAGAAUCGAGGUUUCCUUGUUAAUUUUAAUAGUGUUAGUGAUUUUACUAACUAUUUAUCUAAAGGAUUAUAUAAGAACAGUUUUUUUUGCAUUAACAAUACCUGGACCAAAGGCAAUACCUUUUUUAGGAUCUGUGUUGGUGUUAAAGGACUCCAAAGCUACUGAAUACCUUGGUACUUAUAUGUCCCAGUUAUAUGGAAGAAUAAGUUGUGGUUGGGUGUCGAUAAUACCAUUUAUAUUUUUAUAUGAACCUGAACAUCUUCAAGCAAUACUAAGUAACAGUAAAAGAUCUGAAAAAAAUAGGAUUUAUAAAAUUUUGCAUAACUUUCUUGGAAUUGGAUUGGUUACCGAAAAUGGACAUAAAUGGAAAUUUCACAGAAAAUUAAUCCAACCAUUAUUUCAUAUAAAUGUGCUGGAGUUGUACAUAUACCAUUUUAUUCAGGGUUCUCAGGAGUUUCUUAAGCAUAUCAAGGAAAAAGAAAAUGUUAAAAUUACAUCUUACAUUAAUAAUUUAAUUAUUCGUACACUGCAUAGAUCAAUACUAGGAGUUGAACAAACAGAAGAUUCUCCAUUCAGAAAAGGUCAAACUACCAUGUUAUACAGAUUAACAAGACCAUGGUUACUUUUCGACAACUUUUUUAAAUUUACUUCAGCUGGUUAUAAUGAAAGCAACCAAAAAUGUAGCUUAUUUAAUUAUACAAAAAAAAUUUUGGAAGAAAAGAUUAAGUCCGAAAAAAGAAACCCAGAGUUCUGUUUAAUGGAUGCUUUAAUAGAGGUAUCCAGAAAUAAUCAAGAUUUCACAUAUACUGACGUCAUUAACGAAAUAUGCACAUUUAUGUUGGCAGGUCAAGAUUCAUCAGGUGCAGCUCUUGCUUUUCUUCUUUAUUUUAUUGCUAAACAUAAAGAUAUCCAAGAAAAAAUAUGGAAAGAACAAAAAUGUAUUUUUGAAAAUGUACACGCAAAUAUAACAAUGAAUGAUUUAAAUAAGAUGAAAUAUUUAGAGCAAUGCAUAAAGGAAACUUUAAGAAUAUAUCCAAGUGUGCCUAUGAUGGCAAGAGUUUUAAAAGAAGAUUUAACUUUAGAUAGGAAGUAUUGUAUACCAAAGGGGACUAAUAUUAUCGUUUCCCCAUUUAUAACUCAUAGAUUGCCUCACAUAUUUAAAGAUCCCUUAAAAUUUGACCCCGAUCGGUUUUCAGAAGAAAAUAUUGAAGACAUACAUCCUUAUGCUUAUUUACCAUUUAGCUUAGGCAAUAGACAAUGUAUAGGUUAUAAAUUUGCAAUAAUGGAAAUAAAAACUGUUACAUCAGUAUUGUUAAGGAAUUACCAUAUAUCCCUUUUAGAUAAAACCAAAGAUAUUCACAUGUUGUACAGGGUUACCUUAAGGAUCAAAGAAGGAGUUUGGUUGCACCUAAAACCAAGAAAUUGUUCAAACUUCGUUUGAACUCUUUGGUAUUUUUUUAUUAAUUUAGUAUCAUAUUUUGUUUUAAAAUAUAUUUUUAAAUAAAAUUAUC